AUGGCACCAACUUUAUCAACGACUUCGCUUCUAGACUCUCUCAAGGCCAUUGAGCUGCUCAAGAACAUGAUUCUUGACCAAGUUCGCGCCCUGUACGGCCAUUCGUACCCUACUUCCCAAUACACCUUCUCUGUUAUCACCUCCGUUCUCUACUCCGGCGAACUCAAGCCCCCGAACGAGCGCUACAUCGCUGAAGUUAUCGUCUAUACCGCACCUGCAUCAUUAGCCGAAUGGGAGCUAGUGCUCAGGGGUGAAGACGCCGAAUCGACUGUCGAGGCCAUGGAGAACCUGUACUACUCGGUACAGCAGGAAGUCCGUAAUGUCACUCGCAAUAUGGGGUAUGGUGAUGUCUGGAAUGAAGCGAAAGCCAAAGAGCGGUAG